ACGAAGAAGUCAGGCUUACCGAAUGAGAUAAUGUAGUUAAAUUCUUGAAUCUAGUGAAGCCCAGAUAAGAAGAAGGUUUGGAAAUUCCCAGCAGUAUUUCAGUAUUUCACCGCAGGAGAAAAACGUUCAAACUAAAAUGAUAAAUGAUGCAGGUUCUGGUAAAAAUAACCUACCUCCCUGAAUCGCUAGCACAAGCAAACUCAGCUGUAUUGACAUCUUAACUUCGAAUCGAACAAUAAUGACUCCACUAAUGAAUCACGCACACGCGUUUGUAAGUUAAAAUUUAAACGCUUUUGAUUACCAUAGCCGUGGUGAUAAACUGCGUCCGGGAGAGAAAUCCCACAUCUUACACAAAUCUAUUCUUGCUCUUUCUGCAGCUUGGAGUGCGGCUUGAAGAAAGAAAAACCUGUUUUGUGCUCGAUCGGUCAGUUGACAAUGGGAUGUUAUCGUGCGUAAAGUGAUGUCCAAGUCAAGAGCUACGCGUCAGUUCCUGGCUAACCGUUGGACAAUAAUCAGUUCUGUAAACAUCGGCAAGUAACGUUUUAAAUCGUAGGUGACCAACAUUUUCAUGCCAUAAAGUGAGCUUUGAGUGAGGUUAAUGGCAAAAAUUUGCUGUGUAAGGCAAUCGUAUCUAGCUGGCUUCAUUUUGUUUAUAGUCUGCUGCACUAGUCAAGGGCAAAGACUUGCAGUCAAGAAGUGUAAUGAAUAUCGUAAAGUUAUCCGGACGACGCACAAAAUCAUACCCCUUCUCAUCGAUCCAACGGCACACGAAAUAAAUGUGUACAAUUGCACGCACGAGCUGAAGUUGAUUGUAGGCGGACAGCAGGCACGGUACGGCGAAUUCCCCCAUCAGGCACUGCUGGGCUACCCGAAGCAGAGCGACCCAUCCGACCAUGAGUUCCUGUGCGGUGGAACACUGAUCAGCGAGCAGCACGUCCUCACGGCAGCUCAUUGCUUUUCCGAUCGCGAUCCAACGGUCGUACGGCUCGGCGAGUAUGACACGACGUUCAAGACGUACGAAGAGCUCCAGCUCAAGAUCGAUCGUAUCCGGCGACAUCCAAAGUAUCCCCGUAGCCAACCGUACGACGAUAUAGCGAUCAUCCGGCUCGAACGACCAGUACUGCUGAGCAAACACAUCCGGCCAGCCUGUCUGUGGGAUUCGAAGCGGCGGCCAACGUCACAGUUCGUUGCGUCCGGGUUUGGGCGGGUUGAUUUCUUCGACAGGGAACUGUCCCCUACCCUGAUGAAGGUACAGCUGGAUGAAUUUCCGAAAGACGCUUGCUCGGGAUACUUUCGGCGGUUGCGCAAAGGAUUGGGGCCAGGUCAGCUGUGUGUCGGUAGUGUUACGCCGAAGAAGGACACCUGCCAAGGGGACUCCGGUGGUCCGUUGCAGCUGUUGACGAACAGUUCGACCUGCACGUAUCAUAUCGUUGGCAUUACAUCGCUUGGUGGGGCCUGUGCCUAUGCGAAGUCGUUCGGGAUCUAUACGGAAGUGGCACACUAUCUCGAUUGGAUCGAGGAUAAUGUGUGGGGCGCGAACGCUCUGUGAUACGCUCGAGUUUCUACAUUACUUACUUAAUUUAAUAUACAGUUUUUACUAUUGUCUAAAGGUUUUUAAGUUGGAAUGCAAGGAAGUUGCCAGCAUGCUAGUUGCUGGAUGCAGACAAAAUUGAUAAAGUGAGUGGUGAAUAUUUGUUCACUAUAACAAAAUGAAUAUAUUUAUAUAAAAAUGGGUUUAAGAUUGACCAAGUCUCAAGAAAACGUUGCUUUGAUACCAAAUGUCAGAGUUCAUUCCCUUAGAAAGCCAUUUCAGGAUGAAAGUUGGUGCCUAAUACCACGAAGAAUCUGCAGA